AUGGCUGAUGCAAGUUUUGUCUUUGGCUCUGACUCGGAGAAACAGAAGGGUGGAAACCUGAGAUCGAUUAUCAUACUUGGUGGAAAAUAUCCAAACAUCGUGCCAUCAAAGAUUCGCGGUCUCUUACUGCUCGAAUUUGGAGCCAUGUCCGCCCAAUUCUCAGGAAACAUAUGUUGGAAAUGCGAAACAUCCGCAUGGAAGAAACACUUUAUAAUUCUCGACGGGGGAUUCUCCUCCAGGCAUGGAUCCAAACCAUUCGACGACAUCAUCAAAUCACCUGCCCGUGUCAUAGUAGAGCAUGAUACCUUUUUACCGGCUAUUGUUGCUCUUCCUAAUCUGGUGAGGAACUGGCGGAGACAGGUUUAUCAACAAUUUGCUGCAAUCAUCACGAAUGGGUAUCCAAAGGAAUUUGUACCAGCUGGAGACAUCCGCCAACUUGCAACCGGUGUCUUUGUCUGCAAUGCAUGCGAACAGCUCUUCUUCUGGACCGAUGCUGUUGUGCACAAGUGCAGCCUUGACUUUCCAAGGGGUCCAAGCAAAGAAAAGAAUGAUUCUUUUAAGGAACAGGUGACCCGCAUCGAGUAUUUUUCGCUCGGUUCUUCUCCAUGGUCUCCGAAGUUCAGGUCCUCUACAGCACUAGCCAUUCAUGUCAUCCAUAGUUGCUGUCAGGAUCCUCGGACCGCUACACUUGCACACAUGGACGAUUUCCGUCAUGCAAUCUCUCUUGACGAACAUCGUGUGCGCUUCAAGCCUGGUCUUUGGACACGCCCGACUGAGGCUCACAAGAAUUGUGGUGUUAAAUCCCAUCACAUGCCUCGCAGCAUCGGGGGGCAUCUCCCGAGCCAGCCGAAACUUGAAAUUUUAGGCAGCCCAGACAGUGACGCAACCAAGACGUCCCGUCACCAUCACAAGAUGGGACGAGAGCUCUCAACCACCGACUCGGAGCCCAUCGUUGAAAUGAACGUCGAAGAAAUAUCGGGUGUAGGGAGGCACUUCGACCUCCACCCAACCCACAUCAUAGGCCUCGACAUCUCACCCCACGCACUCACAUCCGCAAUCAAAGACACCUCCCCCGCCACCACAAACACCUCAUACACCCGCUGGGAACAUUUCAAAGUGGACAUCUGGCACGGAGGACUCGAGAUCUACAACUCAGCUUUCGUCAAUGCAGAAUGUAGCAACAGAGGUCAUCGCACACCUCCCAGAAGCCAUUCUGGCCGAUUUCGUGCCCAUGGUGAUGGGCGCAUACCACCCCCUUUUGCUCCUAGUAACAACCCCCUCAUAUGGCUUCAACACGUGCUUCAGCCCCCCAGGGUUAACAAACACCACCACCGGCUUCCCUCUACGCAACAAUCGAGAUCAAGCUUCUGA